AUGGAGGAGGUUGGCUCAUUGCUGAUGGACUCGAUCGAUGUCAGCCAGCCGACGGACGACGACGACGGCAACCUCUGUGGAGGUGACCCAACUCAAUACUCAGAAACCAUCGAGGAAUCGUUGGAGGAGAGACAAGCCCUUUUCGAACAGUUGAAGAAGGAAUAUACGGAUAUGAUAUGCAAAGAGAAACCAGCAGUCAUUUUUGCGCAGGAAGAGAGUGAAGUUACAGAGGGAACCACACUUGAAGAUUUUCUACAAAAACAUGGACCAUUUCCAGUGGAAGAGCACAUCGCAGCAGGGAUUAUACGAAGUGUGAGUUCGGCGAUUAUGUUCCUGCACUGCAGAGAAGUGAUUCAUGGCUGUUUGGAUUUCACGUCUGUCGUUCUUGACAGAUAUUUCAACGCUAAAACCAUCAUUUCUUCAGCAGUCUAUCGCGUAAAAUCGUCUAAAGCGGCAGGAGCCAGGGGUAAGGUCGAAGAUGUAUUUCAUGUUGGACUGUUGCUCUACCGCUUGCUCACUGGACACAAGGCGAAAUUCGGGGAUAACGGUGAACUGUUGACCAAACCAAGUCCAUAUAUGAGAAUAUCGGAAAGAGGAAUGAAACUGGUCGAAUUUAUGUUUGCAACGAAUCUGAGAUUCCCUCCAACGAUUGGACGAGUUCGUUACAGUGAAUGGCUGGACGAAUGUGACGAAAACCCACCGGUAUUUGUCCUGUUUCCUAGCUGA